AGGCUGACCGAAUGUCCAUCGGCGCGCUCCCUGGCUUGACCUCCGACUCUCAGCAUGCCUCCCCCGCUCUCCUCAUCCACAACGCUCAAGCGUAUCCACCGCGAGAUUGCUGACCUCAAGAAGGAAGAUCUCGGCAGCAUCACGCUCGCUCCCUCAGACGACAAUCUCUUCAGCUGGACAGCGACGAUCCCUGGCCCUGAAGGCAGCGUGUAUGAAGGUGGUCUCUUCCACGUUGAGAUCAGCCUCGCCCACGACUAUCCGUUCAGCGCGCCUAAGGUCACGUUCCGUACGCGGAUAUACCACAUGAACAUCAACGAGCGGGGCAACAUCUGCAUCGACAUCCUCAAGCACAACUGGUCUCCCGCCCUCUCCCUCUUCAAAGUCAUUCUCUCUCUCUCGUCCCUCCUCACCGACCCCAACCCCAAGGACCCGCUCGUACCGUCAAUAGCCACAGAGUACGUCCGCAACCGGACUAAACACAACCAGACCGCGCGCCAAUGGACCGAACUCUACGCCCGCCCGCCCACAUCCACAUCCGCCUCCGUGAAGGGCAAAGGUAAGGCGAAGGCUGUGGGUUCCCCCGCCCCUGCGCCCGCUACUACAUCGCGCGCGGGCUCGGUGAGCAGCACGGCAGGGUCCACACGGACGCAGGCGAUCACGAUAGACGACUCAGACGACGAGGGUACAGCGGUGCGGGGCCGGCCGGCGGGUACGAAGCGGAAACGAGAGCGAGCGCAGGAGGACGGCGGGGGUGCAGAGGUGGCAGAACCACCGGCGAGGAGGCGGUGGGCGGUGCGGCCUGCUGCAGAUGACGUGAUCGUCAUAGAGGACUAGUGGGUAUGCGAGUGGGUAUGUGCGGUGCGUAUGACUGCAGCGGAUGUAUGCAUGACUAUAGUUGGACUCUCGAUCGACCGGUCGCCACCAUCGGUGUCACAGAGGGCCGAGGAACAGCCUAUCUCAAGCGAAGACGUGCAGUUGCGCGCAUCGUCAAUCAUGUCGGACGACUCCCGCUCCGAGACUA